AUGGGGCACACGGAAACCGAAAAUGAAGCUUUGCCGUCCGAUCAGUUCCAAAUUGACGAAGAUCACAACAACUUUGAUGAGUUAGAAAAAGAGAAAGAACGACAAAUGCAAGAAAUACUUCCAUUCCGAUUGCCAUCACCACCACAAGUAGAUCUCAAAGAGAUGGUGGAUAAUUUACUACAAAAAACUCGAAAUAAUCCAAGAAUGCCAAAUGAAUUCUUCAUUUUUCGUAAAGUAAUUGUCAAAGAGUUGAAAGCACUGGCUGCUAUGAGAACAGCGAGCAGUCAAAAUAAGAAAGCGAAAAUGACCAAAGUAUCGAAAAUGGCAUCGGAUUCUUGGAAAGUCGCUCCGCGGUCUGUAAAAACUGAAUAUCGGAAAUUAGCGCGCGAAGUUGAACGAAUGUACGUGGAGGCUAGAAGCAAAUUGCCUCCAGUGGUAGUGACACAGCAAUACAACAAUGAUAGCACGCAGUAUAACGAUCAAGAAUUUGCUAUUGAACAACAUCAAAAUUCUGCCAAGAAAGCGAUAAAGAAAACAACAAAAAAACUUAAGAAGCAAAAGAAAAAUCUUCCUAAUUUGGAAUUAUCCGCACCGACUAUUGAUAAUAACGAUUGUAAUAUUGACAUUAUUACUACUCCUUUUGAAGCCACUUCUUCAAAUGCUUUUUCGCUUACAGUAGACGAGAACCUCGAUACUAUUGUUAAGUAUAUACAAAUGUAUCCGGAUUUCAACUUUGAUGAUAUCAUCGGUACACCAACCAAUUUGACAAAUUCCCCAUUUAGUCAAUAUGAUUACUUAACAAUGCAUGGAACUCCGACUACCUCCGCUUCUUAUGAUUCGUUUGCAGAUGAACCAUCAUCUCCAUCAUUAAGUGUCAUAUCAACAAAUAGUUCGACAUUAGCGCAGCAUCAACAACAACACUCUUUCUCUAAUUUUGAUAUUCAACAAUUAUCUACCGACGAAUUGUUUCCAACUUUCUAUUAA